UGUUCUUUACUCUUCUGCCUCACUCUUGAGCUCCACUGACUUCUACCCCAGUGCCAGUGAAGACAAUGACCCUCCAGAGUGGAGCGCUGGUGCUAGGAGUUUUCAUCCUGGCUGUCCUGAUGAACCUUCCGAAAUCGUGGGCCAUCAAAGCGGAUCAUGUGAUCAUCCAGGCCGAGUUCUACCAGAGCCCUGACCAAUCAGGCGAGUUUAUGUUUGACUUUGAUGGUGACGAGAUUUUCCACGUGGAUAUGGGCAAGAAGGAGACCGUCUGGAGGCUUAAAGAGUUUGAACAGUUUGCCAGCUUUGAGGCUCAAGGUGCCUUGGCCAAUAUAGCUGUGGACAAAGCCAACCUGGACAUCAUGAAGAAACGCUCCAACAACGCUUCCAUCGUCAAUGUACCUCCAGAAGUGACUGUGCUUUUGCACGACGUUGUGGAAGCGGAACAACCCAACGUCCUCAUCUGUUUUGUUGACAAAUUCACCCCACCGGUGCUCAAAGUCACCUGGCUUAAAAAUGGAGUACCUGUCACCACAGGAGUGUCCGAGACAGUCUUCCUGCCCAGGGACGACCACCUGUUCCGCAAGUUCUUCUAUCUCCCCUUCCUGCCCUCAGCAGAGGACUACUAUGACUGCCAGGUGGACCACUUGGGUCUUGACAAGCCGAUUCUCAAGCACUGGGAGUUUGAAGUGCCAACCCCUUUCCCAGAGACAACAGAAAACGUGGUGUGCAUUCUAGGCCUGGUCGUGGGUCUGGUGGGCAUCAUUGUUGGUACCAUCUUCAUCAUCAAGGGUGUCCGCAAAGGCAAUGCUGUUGAACGCCCUCGUGGGCCUCUGUGAAGCACCUGGAGGUUAAGGCUUGUCUUGGAAAGAAGACCAAUGAAGAGAUUUCUGCUUUCAUAGCUUUGCAAAUUCACCAACACUCCCGUUUUUUCACCCCAGUGAAGAUAACCCUUCUUCAGCACGUUUCCCUUCUUCACCACCUUCCCCAAAGGUGGUGGUGAUCCUGACCCUGUAACCCAACAUAUAUUGGACCGUUUGUCUAUCGCCUCUUCCUGUAUCUGUUUCCCUUCCAUGUCCUACCAUGCAAUGUUUUUGGAAUUGAUGCCAUAUGAUCUGUUCUCUGCUGUGAAGCCUUCUGACCAUCCCAUAAAAGUACCUCCCAUGUGCUUAUUGCUUGAGUUUUGCCAAGCUUUUAUCGUUCUCCUGAAUAUAAUAAACUAUUGGAUGGGUCUUAGGUGAUGUUUUCAGGUUCUUCAGAGAGAGCAAGCUAAGAGUAAAUGUCAUUCUUCCAUCGUGAGAUGCCUGAAUGUAUCUUGCAAGCUUUGGGAUUAAUCAGAAAUAUCCAGGUUCAUUAGGGCUUGGUAUCAUUCAGAGCAUCUGCAGGCAAACCAGUUGCUGUGGUCCAGUUGCCAUCUGGAAAACCAUAGUGUAUGGUUGGUUUAAUUGGAGGUGACUACUGAGCAAUGGAUUGAAUUUUGAUUCUUGAGUCUCCAAUACCAUGAGAUUUGGUAUGUGGUGGUACCAUGGAGUAUUUCAGGAAGAGAGAGUGUUUGUCAUAAAUGUUGCUAGGUCAUUUGGAUAUCCAUUUGUGAAAAUCUACCAUGACAUCUAUUCAAACCAACAAUAAAAAUCAAUUCCUCAUGGA